AGUGACAGACGAGGCAAAGGAGCUGGCCAGUUACCUCACACGGCAGCCUCACACAAGGUGGGAGAGAGAUUUAAGACAGCGCUUUCUCUUACAACUCUCUCUCUCUCUCUCUCUCUCUCUCAUGCUUUCUUUGCAUCCACACGACACAAAGAGAGAGAGACUCUUGAGAAUUAAAGAAAGAAAAGAGGGGAGACAACCACAAAGGAGAAAGUAAGUUUGCAGGGUUUGUGUCUCCUCUAAUUGAGCAAGCAGUGCUCAAAGUAAAAAGUGUGAAUCAUAGAAGAAGAAGAAAGGGUAGGACCAAUGGACUAUGAAAGCAACAGUUGGAUAUGGGAAGGGGUGUACUACUACCCACACCUCUUUGGUGGUCUGAUGCUCACGGCCGCCUUGCUCGGCUUGUCCACCAGCUAUUUUGCCGGGGUUGGUGUUCCUUCCUUGCCGUUUUUGUGGUCCGAUUUUGGGAUUUUCCAUAAGAAGAAACAUGAGAAGAAGCGUAUCCGGGUUUACAUGGAUGGAUGUUUUGAUCUCAUGCAUUAUGGCCACGCCAACGCUUUGAGACAAGCCAAGGCUCUGGGGGAUGAGUUGGUGGUGGGUGUUGUGAGUGAUGAGGAGAUCAUUGCCAAUAAGGGUCCACCUGUUUUAUCCAUGGAAGAAAGGCUGGCCCUUGUUAGCGGGUUGAAAUGGGUAGAUGAAGUCAUAGCCAAUGCUCCAUAUGAAAUUACUGAGAAAUUCAUGGGCAGUCUCUUUAAUGAGCAUAAUAUUGACUAUAUUAUACAUGGUGAUGAUCCGUGCCUGCUUCCGGAUGGAACUGAUGCUUAUGCCUUGGCAAAGAGAGCAGGCCGCUACAAACAGAUCAAACGCACAGAAGGUGUCUCCAGCACAGACAUUGUAGGUAGAAUACUCUCCUCUGCAAGGGAUGCAAAAGAUUGUCAGGAUUGUAAUGGUACUUCUUUGCAUGGAGAACCUCAUAAAGAGAGUGAAUCUAAGGGUGCUCAGAUAUCACAAUUUUUACCAACAUCCCGACGGAUUGUGCAGUUCUCAAAUGGCAAGGGGCCUGCGCCAAAUGCUCGAAUUGUGUACAUUGAUGGGGCAUUUGAUCUCUUUCAUGCUGGGCAUGUUGAGAUCCUCAGGAGUGCUAGACAACAUGGAGAUUUUCUACUGGUUGGUAUCCACACAGACCAGACUGUGAGUGAAAACAGGGGGAAUCAGUAUCCCAUUAUGCAUUUACAUGAGCGUAGUCUAAGUGUGCUGGCUUGCCGUUAUGUUGAUGAAGUUAUCAUUGGUGCACCUUGGGAAGUUACAAAGGACAUGAUUUCAACUUUCAACAUCUCGUUGGUUGUGCAUGGGACAGUUGCUGAGAACAACUCCUUGUUGACUGGUGAAAAUGAUCCUUAUAAGGUUCCCAAGAGCAUGGGAAUUUUCCGGUUGCUUGAAAGCCCCAAAAAUAUAACCACAACUUCAGUAGCCGAAAGGAUAAUUGCCAAUCAUGAGGCUUACAUGAAACGCAAUGCAAAGAAGGCUGAGAGUGAGAAGAAAUACUAUGCAGAGAAGAAGUAUGUCUCAGGAGACUAGCUCCAACACAGAUUUGAUGAGUGGUCCGAGUUCCGUACAGUUGAUGUUCGACAUUUAUCCCUCGUAGAGUUGCCUAAUGUUGUUCAAUACAUAGAGAAAUCACAUACUUUUGUUCUUGAAGGACAGGAGAAUGAAUAACAUAGGAGAGAAUACGUGCAUCAGAGAGGGUUGGAAGAAUGAUAUUUAUUUUCUUUCACAUUUUUGAUAUUACUUAAUUUGUCAGAAUAGGAAUUUAUGCCCAUCUAAAAAGCAUAGCUUACGCCUAGUGUUUACCCUUUCUUUACUAUACCAUUUGAUUUUGUGGUGGGUGUGAUGAUGCAAGAAAGGGAGUUGCUUUAUGCCAAAAAGCUAACAAAAACUGUUCUGCCAGGGAAAGAAUUCUUUUUUUUUUU